AUGAAGACUUCUUUCGCUACUGCUGCCAUUGCUUUUGCUGCUCUCGGGCUGGCCGCUCCCACAACCGAAAGCCGACAAUGGCCAUACAGCAUCGACAGCCUUUCGCUCAAGCACCUGAUCGAGAGCGACACCUUCGAUAUGACCUGGACUGUCACCUCUAGAGGACCAACCGGGGAAGACCUCGGAAGCACCAGCUGUCACACCGCUUGGAACAACGGUGGGAACCCCGUCGGACCUGAGAACCCCGAGACCUGCGAUGACGCCACAUUCAAAUACUGGUUCCCCAAUGGCCUCGAGAAUAUCGAGAGCUAUGAAAUCACCGUCGAGGGCUCUGCCGGCCCAGCCAGUGCUACCAUUGAGACUGGUCCUAAGUACCAGUGUGGUCCUUACACUGGAUCCAGUGGAAACAUCGAUGAAGAAUGCAGGAUCACCAAUGGUGGGGCAUUUUACCUACACCAGUAG